UUCGGAGGCGGGAGGGGCAGACGGAGGCGGCGCGGGCCUGGCGGAAGCCAUGUUUGUGGCGCGCAGCAUCGCGGCGGACCACAAGGAUCUCAUCCAUGAUGUGUCUUUCGACUUCCACGGGCGGCGGAUGGCGACGUGCUCCAGCGACCAGAGCGUCAAGGUCUGGGAUAAGAGUGAAAGUGGUGAUUGGCACUGUACUGCUAGUUGGAAGACACAUAGUGGAUCUGUGUGGCGUGUGACUUGGGCCCAUCCUGAAUUUGGACAGGUUUUGGCUUCCUGUUCUUUUGACAGAACAGCUGCUGUAUGGGAAGAAAUAGUAGGAGAAUCAAAUGACAAACUUCGAGGACAGAGUCACUGGGUUAAGCGGACAACUCUAGUGGAUAGCAGAACAUCUGUUACUGAUGUGAAAUUUGCUCCCAAGCAUAUGGGACUUAUGUUAGCAACCUGCUCAGCAGAUGGUAUAGUGAGAAUAUAUGAAGCACCAGAUGUCAUGAAUCUUAGCCAGUGGUCUCUGCAGCAUGAGAUCUCAUGCAAGCUAAGCUGUAGCUGUAUCUCUUGGAACCCUUCAAGCUCUCGUGCCCAUUCCCCCAUGAUAGCUGUAGGAAGUGAUGACAGCAGCCCAAAUGCAAUGGCCAAGGUUCAGGUCUUUGAAUAUAAUGAAAACACCAGGAAAUACGCAAAAGCCGAAACUCUUAUGACAGUUACAGAUCCCGUCCAUGAUAUUGCAUUUGCUCCAAACUUGGGAAGGUCUUUCCAUAUUCUAGCCAUAGCAACCAAAGAUGUGAGAAUUUUUACAUUAAAGCCUGUGAGGAAAGAACUGACUUCCUCUGGUGGGCCAACAAAAUUUGAAAUCCAUUUAGUGGCUCAGUUUGAUAAUCAUAAUUCUCAGGUGUGGCGAGUGAGUUGGAAUAUAACAGGAACAGUGCUUGCAUCUUCAGGAGAUGAUGGCUGUGUACGAUUGUGGAAAGCAAAUUAUAUGGACAAUUGGAAAUGUACGGGUAUUUUGAAAGGUAAUGGGAGCCCUGUCAAUGGGAAUUCUCAGCAGGGAAACUCAAAUCCUUCCCUAGGCUCAAAUACCCCAAAUCUUCAAAAUUCAUUAAAUGGAUCUUCUGCUGGCAGACUUUUGGUGAGACAUGAAGCCCCUUUCGACGCGGUCGCUUGGAGGACAGCUGUUUUUAUGAUAGCAUUGCAUUUUGCUGUCACUAUUUUGAGGUUAUUCAACUGGUGUUUGUACCGUUCCAAAAUCAGCUUUUUCUCCGAACUUCAGUUUUGUGGGCAAAGUUUACGUGAGAUGGCAGAUUUUCGAGGGAUAGCUGAAGAGUCAUUUCCAAGCUUUUUAACUAAUUCAUUACUUGGUAAUAGUGGAACUUUGGAAAAUGUCACUCUUUCUUCAAAUCUUGGCUUGCCUGUUGCUGUUUCAACACUUGCUAGAAAUAGAUCCAUCACUGAUAACAGGUAUUCUGAUGUCCUGGCAUCUUAUUUAGUAGAUGGGAGGUUUUCAGUUCCAACUGAGUCAUCGCCAAGCAGCCAGAUUGAACGUGAACCAAAAGAGAAGUUACAGCUUAGCUUCCAGGAUGAUGAGAAAAAGGACUUUACUGGAAGUCAGCAUUUGUCAGAUGCUCCCCUCAGUGAGUCAGAUUUUCAAGGUGAUGUAGUCAGAACAGAAGAGGUACAAGUGAAAACUGCAAAAUGCUUUCAUAAUCAAGAUCUUCUUGAUAAGAUGUCUCCACAGGAACAAAUGCAAGACUCACCUGUUGAUUUUUGUUUAUCAUCAUGGAUAAAUAAUAAGGAAAACAAGGUUGUUGUUCCUGAGGCUGGACAACAUGUUGAGGACAAGAAUCCAAACAGUGACUUAAGCCAUACUAGUUUAUUAGAAAAUGAGAAACUUAUGUCACUAACAAGCUUGGAAGAUUCUUCUGAGGAUGAUAUUGACGAUGAAGAGUUUUAUGAUGAUCAUUUGGAGGCUUAUUUUGAGCAACUGGCCAUUCCAGGAAUGAUAUAUGAAGACCUAGAAGGACAGGAAUCUCCAGAGGAUGAUUUUAAGUUACCUACAAGUGAUCGUAGUCAGGUAAAUGAACAUUCAGGUAAAUCUCAAUCAGAAAAUAACAACUCUCUGAUUUCCCAUGGCUCAUGCUCUUCAGGAAAUUCUGAAAUGGCUAACAAAGAGUCUAACGAAGGCUGUUUGGUUUGUCUGCCUGAGACCAGUAAUUCUGUAGGAACUGGAGAGAGUAAGAAGCAUGUAGAUGGUGUGUCGCCAUUUUCUUCUAGUAGUUGGAGGAUUGAAAAGAAAGAAAGUGCAGAAAACUUGAGUAUUGUUUCAAAUCAUGGCAGAACUAUCAGGGUCACUGACACAAAAUGUGACCCUGCUUAUUUUCAUGACACAAAUGCCAGUAAGGGUGAUUUUGACUUGAUGGAUCCUUUAAAACUAGUGGCUGGGUCUCCUCAUCAAAACAAGCAUUUGACAUUAGACUCAGAAACAGCUUUGCCUGUGGAUAGUUGCAUAGACAUUGAAACAUCUAAAGUGUCCAUUAAAAAAAAUGUGGACUUGGCAUCUUUAAAGCCUGUUAGUCACGGUGGAAUGAAUUCCAUGGAUAGUCUUCGGUCACCAACUAGUGAAAGGCGAACAUGUGAAUCUUAUGAGUCCAUUGAAAAGAGUAAAGACCAAGUGGAUCUUCCUCAGAAUGUGGUCUAUCAAAAUGAAGAGGGUAGAUGGGUUACUGACCUUGCCUAUUAUACAUCUUUUAAUAAUGAACAAGUUUUAAACAUGUCUCUAACUAAUGAGAUGAAUGAAGACUUCUGUUCUGGUUCUGAAGCAUUAGCGUUAAUUGCACAAGAUGAAGAAGAAUUUAAUAAAGAACAUCAAUUUAUGCAGGAAGAAAAUAUAGAUGCCCAGAACACUUCAGUCGCACUGGGGGAUACAUCCUGGGGAACUUCAGUCAAUUACAAUGUGUUGAGGAAAUCACUUAGCACUUCAGAUUUGGACAAAGAUGAUGCCAGUUAUUUACGUCUAUCUUUAGGAGAAUUCUUUGCUCAAAGAUCUGAAGCUCUUGGUUGUCUUGGUGGUAGUUACAGUGUGAAAAGACCAUCAUUUGGUUAUUCUAUUAAAUCGCCAGAGAAGAGAGAACCUAUUGCUUUAAUAAGAAAAUCUGAUUUAUCCAAAAGUAAUUUGGACAAGGAAAUGGCUCAUCUUAACCAUGAUCAGUUUUCAGGGAAUGUAAAUGAACAAUCUGAGGCACAGCUAAGUGAAAUCUCAGUUACACUUCAGGCUGAAGAACUGGAGAGUAUUUCCCAAAUGAAUGAAAAUGAUGUGACAUUAACCAAUGAUAAAGGCACAACAGAGGACAUUUUCUUUGUGAACAGCAAAGGGAAGCUAGCUAACGAUAGUGAUUCUGUACUUAGGAUAAGCACCAUUGCUUCAGCCAUUGCAAAUGCAUCAGUGAGUACUGAUCCUUUACAACUUGCUGCCAUGAUCAAGACACUUUCAAAUAAAACCAGAGAGAAGACUUUUCAGGAACCUGAUAAGCAAAAAGAUUGUUCCAGUAUAUCUCAUGUAUCACCUAAUGAUUUAGAAAAAAAUAAUGGAUCCAAUGUAUUUGAUGUGGAGAAAUACCUUAAAAAAACAGAAGUUAGUAGAUAUGAAGGUGGAGUGGAAAAUUUUUCAAGAGCUGGUACAUCUGAUCUUUGGGAUUUAUCUUUGCCAAAUGAACAUACUACACAAUACAUCCAUACAGUGGACUUAGGUGCUACUAAUAUAACUGGAAGGCAACCACAAGAAAACCUAGCAGCUGUUUUUUAUGGUGGAAGUGGAGAGAGAGCAAACCACAAAUCACUUAGAACAGUGAACUUUUCAAAUUCAAUUCUGGCAAAUAUGAGAGAGAGUGAGAGUACAGUAGUUGAUGUAAAGACAUACUCUGUUGACAACAAAUUACCAGAUAUUGGUGACAGUGAAAAAGAUACUUCAGUAUCUACUCCAACAUCUAAUAGUUAUCCGUUAGUAAGAAACCCCAGAAUAGCAUCCCUUUGGCUGUUAGAAGAAUGUGAAGAAAUACAAAAUAAUAGAGAAAUUCAGAGGGAAAAUGAGUCUGUUUGUAAAACAAGCAACAGUGAAAAACAUGUGACUUUUGAAAAACAUUCCAUAAUCUCACCUAAAAUUGUUGAUUUGAAAAAUCCCUCUCCUGAAAAUGCUGGACAUGGCUCAGAGGAUGACCAGGAUAGCUUCAGACCCUCCACUUCACCACUCAGUCAUUCUUCCCCGAGUGAAAUUUCUGGAACAGGUUUGUCAGGGUGUGCUUUAGAGUCUUUUGAUUCAGCGUUUCAUCAUCAGAAGCCCCCCUGUGAGAGUGCACUGUGUCAGUCAGCGUGUCCACAGGAUACUAUGAGCAGGCUGACUUAUGUAUCUGAACACGAUAGCAUCUGUCCCACCACAGGCUCAGACCAUGACCUUGAGGACAGAAAGGGGGAUAUCACCAAUGAGUUGAGCACCACAAUUAUUCAAGCCAGCCCAAUUCCAUCAGGGGAACGGACUGUGGAAAAGUUGAAAGAAAAACUUCCUUCUCAAAGUAAAGGAAAAGGAGCAUUAUCAUAUAUUAUCCAGAACAACUCAGAUAUAGAAAAAGUAACUGAAACUACUUCUCUCAGUAGCAAAUCUAAAGAUGUAAAAUCUAACUUGAGUUGGAGUAAAGAUCUUUCCUCCAAAAGUGGAGAUCCGUCAAAGACGAGUACAGUAGGUUUGACAUCAGACCCCAGUGAACUGGACCAGGUCAGUCUGGCUCUCCUAUGCAAAUCAGACCUCAGCCACCCAGCUGUAUCAGCGACAGCACACCUCUCCACAUCAUGUGAGGUGUCUGUGAACAAAGGCCAAAGAAUAACUUCUGAAGAUACGUCAACUGCUGAUAGUGCAUUAAGUGGCCAACUUCCUCAUCCGAUGGCCUCCGGAGGCCUGUGCGCCCCUGUUUCCAGUACUGCAGACCAUGGUUGUGCACCCAAGAGACACAACGUACCCAUUGCAGUGCCUACAUUCCUGACUCAACAUUCUAUCACCACGGCUCCUUAUGCCCAUCAGUGUUUGGGGACACUGCCUUCUGCUGGAAAGAGUGCUUUGCCCCAGUGUCAUGCUGGUAGCACCACAGUCUGUGGAUUCUCAGGAGGUUGUCCUUAUUCUGCUAUUGCAGGGGAGCAUGUUCAGAAAUCUGUGGCCAUGGGAACUUAUCUAGGACAAAAUAUUAACUCUGGAUUAAUGGGUACCUCUUCCUUUUAUAACUCAUACUCUAAUGCCCUAGAUCAGAAUCUACUAAGCACAGCAAAAUCUUUUCCUAUGCAGUCUGUUGGUGCAAAUUGUGGAAUUGAACCAUGGGAUUCAGGAAUGAUGUCAGGAUUAGGGAAAGCAAGAGUACCUGAGGAACUAAAGUUUCCUCAUGCUUGCUGUGUUGGCAUUGCUUCACAAACCCAUCUCAGUGUACUUAACCCAACUGAUCGCUGGCUUCAAGUCAGCCUUGGGGUUCUCAGUGUUAGUAUUAAUGGUGAAAAGGUGGAUCUUUCAGCAUAUCCUUGUUUAGUUUUCAAGAACAAAAUCAUCAUAAGACCUCAUGCUACAGAAGAGAUAAAAGUACUUUUCAUUCCAUCUGAUCCUGGAAUUUUCAGAUGUACAUUCAGUGUUGCUUCUUGGCCAUUUUCAGCAGAUACUGACACAAUAUUACAAGCAGAGGCCUUGGCAAGCACAGUCAUUCUCACUGCUAUUGCUGAGACCCCUAUGAUUGAGGUAGAAACAGAAACAAAAGAUGUUCUUGAUUUUGGUGACUUGAUUUAUGGAGGCUGGAAAGCUCUCCCAUUAAAAUUGAUAAACAAGACGCAUGCCACAGUGCCAAUCAGACUUAUUAUUAAUGCUGUAAGUACUAAGAAUGCCAUAGCCUGGCGCUGUUUCACAUUUUCCAAGGAACCAGUCCUUGCUUCCAUGAAAGCUGCUGCUUAUGCCGAUGUGAUUGCUCAGCUGGCAGCUCCUUCUGUGAUCAACCAGAUGAUGCCUGCCAGUUAUGAUGGACAGGAUCCAGAAUUUCUGAUAAUUUGGGUUCUUUUCCAUAGUCCAAAAAAAAGGAUCACUUCUUCAGCAAUUCUAGAUUCAGCAGAAGAAUUCUUGGCAAGAGUUGAUAUAGAAGUUGAUAGCCCUAACCCAACACCAGUCAUUAAAAGUAUUCAUCUUCGAGCAAGAGCAGGAAUAGCUAGGAUACACGCGCCAAAAGACUUACAGACUAUGCAUUUGUUUGCCAGUGUGGCUUCCUCAACAAAGCAGCAUUUGCCUUUGAAAAAUGCUGGGAAUAUUGAUGUUUAUUUAGAUAUCAAGAUUCCAGAUCAAGGAGGUUCCUUUUCAGUGGAUCCAGAGAAGCUAUUCCUUAAACCUGGAGAAGAACAUGAAAUAAUGGUUUUAUUUACUCCAGAGGAUCCCAAAACCUGUGAGGAAAGGAUCUUGAGGAUAUUUGUGCAACCAUUUGGGCCUCAGUAUGAAGUAAUGUUAAAAGGUGAAGUAGUUUCUUCAGAAAAUAAACCUCUGACACCUGGAUGUUGCUCCUCAGAUGUUCCAUCAAUUUUAUCCAACAAGCAGUUUCUGACUUGGGGAGGUAUUCCUCUUGGUAGAACACAGCUUCAGAAACUAACCUUAAGAAAUAAUUCUCCAUCUAUAACCCAACAUUUACGACUGCUCAUUAGAGGACAAGAUCAGGACUGCUUUCAGCUUCAUCACACUUUUGGUUCGGAAGAACGAUUGACCAGUAACUAUGAGAUCAGAAUUCAUCCAAAAGAAGACAUCAACAUCUCCAUAUUGUUUGCACCUACUCGAUUAUCUUGCAUGUUGGCUAAACUAGAAAUUAAACAACUUGGAAUUCGAUCACAACCAGGCGUUAAGUUUGCUAUUCCUUUGUCUGGAUAUGGAGGAACAAGUAAUCUUAUUUUGGAAGAUGUUAAAAAGUUACCUGACAGUUACAUGGUAACAGUAAAAGACUUAAUACCUGGCAAAGAAAGUAGAACUGUUUUUUCUGUUCGUAACACUGGUUCUCGGGCAGCUUUUGUUAAAGUAGUGUGUUUUAAGGAUUCUCAGAGAAAAGUUUUGCUGGAUUCUAAAAUACUAAAGAUUUUUCCAGAUAAAUUUGUGCUGAAGGAAGGAACACAAGAAGAUGUUACUAUAAUAUAUAAUCCAUCACACAGAGAGAGCAGUUUUAAAACCACUACAGAACUGUCAACUAUCUACUUCUUUGGUGGAGAUGAAAUUUCAAGGCAGCAGUUUCAAAGAGCCUUGUUGCAUAAACCGGGGAUUAUGGAACGUAUACUUCCAGAACAUAGUGUACUUCGGAAAAUAGAUUUUGCUGAACCAUUUCAAGAUGAGCUACUAGUAACUGAAGUAUACGAUCUUCCCCAACGGCCAAAUGAUAUUCAGCUCUUUUAUGGAAACAUGCGUAAAAUUAUACUUUCAGUAAUUGGAGAAUUCAGAGAAUCCAUUUCUAGCAGAGAAUUUCUUCAGCCUUCUUCCAAAGCUGGUUUAGAAUUGAAAAGUGAGUCGGACAGUCCUGGGAAACAUGGUGGCAAUGUUUCUUUGGAUGUUUUACCAGUCAAAGGUCCUCAAGGCUCUCCACUUUUACAAGUUGUUAACCCUUCUCCAGAUAAAUCUGCCUCUGAGGAAACAUGGACUAUCCAACCUGAACACUUGAUUUUGAUGGCCCCUUCUGCUUAUGAUCUGGCAAAAACUGGAUGUUUCCGCAUUUUAAAUAAUUCUAUUAGGUUACUGAAAUUUGAACUAUAUUGGCCUGCACAUUGUCUUACAGUAACACCACAACAUGGAUUUAUUGCACCAAAGAGUGUGCUACAGAUUCUUGUGAGUCCUAAUUCCUCCCUAUCCACAAAACGUUCAAUGUUCCCAUGGAGUGGUUUGAUUUAUAUACACUGUGACAAUGGACAAGAGAAAAUUGUGAAAGUUCAAAUUCGGGAAGAUUUGACCCAACAGGAACUUCUCACUAGUUUGGCCUCCAGCCCUUUUGGAAUCCUGUCCCCAGACACUGGACCUGCUGUUAGUUAUUUGGCAAAACCAAUAACAAAACCACCUUCCACAAAAGUUGAAAUAAGAAACAAGACUGUUACUUUUUCUAUAACAGAACCUGGUGAAUCUUCAGAAAGUUACCUGGAACUUGAGAAUCAUGGUAACAGAGACGUGAAAUGGCAUCUGUCUUCUUUAGCUCCACCUUAUGUCAAGGGAAUUGACGAAAGUGGAGAUGUUUUUAGAGCUACCUAUGCCGCAUUCAUAUGUUUUCCUAUUUCUGGUAUACUUGAAAGCCAUGGAACCCAAAAGGUCUCCAUCACAUUUUUGCCUAGGGAUAGAGGGGAUUAUGCCCAGUUUUGGGAUGUUGAAUGUCAUCACCUUAAAGAGCCUCACUUGAAACACACCUUAAGGUUUCAACUCUCUGGACAAAGUGUCAGAUCAAAAAAUGAACCUGAAAAUUCAUCUAUUUUCACAAAUACUCUAAUUAAAAUUAAUAAUAUAGUUAAGCCUCAAAAUCGAGCUAUAUCAGAAGCUUCUGCUCUCAUGCCUGGCAGGCAGCUUGACUUGACUCAUCGCGGCGUUUAUGCCCCAGAAGAUAUGUAUCAGUUUCUGCCGACUAGAGUUGGGGAAUCAAGGACAUUAAAAGUGAAUUUGCGAAAUAAUUCCUUUAUUACACACUCGCUGAAGUUUUUAAGUCCCAGAGAGCCUUUCUACGUCAAACAUUCAAAAUAUUCGUUGAGAGCUCAACAUUACAUCAACAUGCCUGUGCAGUUCAGACCAAAGUCAGCGGGCAAAUUUGAAGCUUUACUUGUCAUUCAGACAGAUGAAGGCAAAAGUGUUGCUAUUCAACUAAGGGGGGAAGCUCUUGAAAAAAAUUAACUUGAAUACAUAUUCUGUAAAGUAAAUUGCAUUAGCUAUAUUUUGGUAACUUUAUUUGUCCACACUACAAUUAUGCUUUUGUAUAUAUUUUGUACUAUAAGUUGGAUAUAUAUAACUAGAUUUGUUUUCGUUUUGAGCAGUUAACACUGAGGGACCUGACUGGAAAUAUCAUGUAUCUAGCCUACAGUAUUGUGAUUAACUUUUAUAGGGGAGAAGAGAGCUCUAUUUUUACAUUGAUUAUGAUAUUUUAAAUAACUAUGAUGUAUAUUUUAAUGUGGCUUACUAAAAAAUAAACU